AUGAAACUCACAAGUCAAGACACGAGCUUCGGUUCCAAUUCAAUGGACAUGAAGACAACACAGAGCCGCAUUCAAUGUGCCGAGUGUGGCGAACACUUUAUGUUUGCAACAAAGCUGGUUGAACACAGUAAAAAAACGCAGCAUCGACCCUUUGCUUGUCACUACCAAGACUGUAAAAAGUGCUACACCAAGCGAGAACAUCUGACGCGUCACGUUGAGACUGUGCACGUGUGUGGUGGUACAAUUCAAUCACUAAAACAAGGCAAACGGUUUAAUUGCAAACUUUGUGAGGCUCGAUUUGCCUACAAUCACGGCCUUACACGUCAUAUGAAACGCUCUCAUCGAAACGUGAACCUCCCAUUUGAAUGUUUUGAGUGUCUUAAGGGGUUUAAGAAAAAGAGUGAGCUCCAAGCACAUUCGUACGUGCAUACAGGUGUACUGCCUUUUGAGUGUCAAGAGUGUGGAGAACGAUUUUUGAAGCGUUUCUGGCUCACACGGCAUCAAAGGAAGCAUGAUGCAACCAAAAAAGCAGAUACUCAAGUGUAUGUGUGUGAGUGUGGUGAGAUAUGCUUUGAUGAAGACGAGCUGAAGCGUCAUAAGCAAGUAAAACACAGCAAUGAAGUCAGAGAAGAUAUUGUGGAUGGCAGUGGGAGUCCUAAAACGAAAGUGCCCACGUCUGUGUGUCUUGUGUGUGAUCAAACCUUCAGUCGAAAGCAGUAUCUGCGUGCCCAUUUGCGCACGCAUUUUGAGUCGUUGGAUGAUCGCAAACAAUACACAUGUCCAAUGGACGGAUGUGACAAGGCGUACACACGUUCGUCGAAUUUGAUGACACAUUACAACGCAGUCCAUGAUAAGCUUAAGUCAAAGCGAUUUGCGUGUCCACGUAAAGACUGCACGGCACGAUUCGGCUAUAAGACGGUUCUGAAGCAUCACAUUGAGAGCAUUCACGAUAAUCCAAAGCCACCUAAACGGCGCGAACGCAAGUCUGCGGGUAUUCUUGAACAAGUGCUUGGAGUGAACCAAUUCGGCGAGCAAGAACCACAAGUCGCUCUUGCAGUGGAAAAAUGA